AUGGUGCAGGUGGUGAUGACAGCCAACCUGGAUCUGCUUUUCUCCCAAGGUUUGAGGGUGUUUCUCACCAGCUCGAACUCCUGGACCAGCCGGAGUGAGCCAGAGCUCAGCAGCAUCUCCUUGGCUUGGCUGCUGGUGUUGGCAGCCCUUCUCCCCGUGCCUGAUGUCUCUGGGCACCCCCAGUGCUUGGAUUACAGACCCCCCUUCAAACCGGAUUCCCAGCUGGACUUUUGCUCCCAAUACGAUGCCAUCGGUUGCUGCGACCAGCAGAGAGAUGCGGAGGUGGCGGGGAGGUACCGGAGAGUGGUGGAAUGGCUUCACCUGAAUGGAACUGACCCAUGUGGAGUGUUUAUCAAAGAGAUUCUGUGUCAAGAGUGCUCCCCCUACGCGGCACACUUGUACGAUGCUGAGGAUCCUCUGACUCCCAUGAGGAAAAUUCCAGGCCUCUGCUUCAACUACUGCUCCGAGUUUCACCUGAAGUGCCCUUCGUGUAUCGGUGCGCUUACCGACAACAGGCGUGUCCGAGAGUCAUGCGAGGUGGACAAGGCCUCCUGCUGUAACCGGCUCCAGUUAUCCGAUCCUGACUACUGCUUCCCCAACGUUCUGCAGAACACAGACCUGAACCAGAACCUGGGCUCGGCCCUGGAGAACCGAGAGGGCUGCCUGCAGCUCUGCCUCCAAGAGGCGGCCAAUGGCUUGAGGAACCCUGUGCUCAUGAUCCACGCCAACGAUGACACCCACCGUUACUUCGUGGCCGAGCAGCUUGGCUUGGUGUGGGUCUAUCUGCCCGACCGCACCCGGCUCGCCGAGCCCUUCCUGGACCUAACGGGCCAAGUCCUGACCACCCCGUGGUUCGGGGACGAGCGAGGGUUCCUGGGGUUGGCCUUUCACCCGAACUUCAAGAAGAACGGCAAGUUCUACGUGUAUUAUUCUGUCCUGGUUGAAGGCGAGGUGGAAAUAAUCCGCGUAAGCGAAUUGAAGGUCUCAUCGCGUGACAUGAACAAGGCAGAUCCACGUUCAGAAAGGUAUCUUCUAGAGAUUGAGGAACCCGCAGCCAAUCAUAAUGGUGGGCAGAUCCUAUUUGGCUUUGAUGGUUUUCUCUACGUCUUCACCGGAGAUGGCGGGAAAGCUGGAGAUCCAUUUGGCAGAUUUGGAAACGCUCAAAAUAAGAGCGCUUUACUAGGAAAGGUUUUGCGAAUUGACGUUGACAGAACCGGUCCCGGUGGAAAGCCCUACCGCAUCCCGAGGGACAACCCUUUCGUGAACGUCCCAGAUGCUCGCCCAGAGGUCUAUGCUUACGGCGUGAGGAACAUGUGGCGCUGCUCUGUAGACAGGGGGGAUCCGGUCACGAAGCAAGGGAGGGGAAGACUGUUCUGUGGCGAUGUGGGUCAGAACAAAUAUGAGGAAGUUGACAUCAUUGUCAAAGGAGGAAACUACGGCUGGAGAGCCAAGGAAGGAUUCGAAUGCUAUGACAAGAAACUGUGCAAAAAUUCAUCAUUAGACGACAUACUUCCCAUUCAUGCCUACGGCCACAAGAUUGGAAAAUCUGUCACCGGUGGUUAUGUCUACAGAGGGUGUGAAUCGCCUAAUCUAAACGGCUUGUACAUUUUUGGAGAUUUCAUGAGUGGUCGAAUUAUGGCAUUACAGGAAGACAUAAGGACAGGGAUGUGGAAGAAACAAGAUAUUUGCAUGGGGGAUUACCAAACCUGUUUGUUUCCAGGACUCAUUAACCAGCAUUUUAAGUUUAUCAUCUCCUUUGCUGAAGAUGAAGCAGGGGAGCUGUACUUCUUGGCUACUUCCUUUCCAAGUGCGUACUCCUCACAAGGGAUGAUCUACAAACUCAUUGAUCCUUCCAGGACGGCUGCUCCAGGGAAGUGUAAACACAAACCAGUGCCAGUCGAGGUCAAAAGCAAACGCAUUCCAUUUGUGGCCCAAGAAAAGACUCUCACGGAAAUAAGUGCUGCAGUUCCUGCCUCCACUGUUCCUUCGAGAAAGAGACUGAAGACCACAAAACGGCCACCAGCCACGACUGUUGGAAGUACAGCUCGGCCUUCAGACACAGCAAUGGUGAGACCCACCAGGAAAAGCUCUCGUAAAAAGCCAGUGACUCCCAAACCUUCAGGUCAGACCGUCAAACCUCCCGUUAAAAGACCCACGGCACGAAAAAGCACAGCAGCGAAAUCGCGGAGGAUAAUUCCAUGGAGUCCGACCUCUGACACUUCGUUAGCCAGUCCAACCCAGGGACGUCAUCCGUCUCGAGGCAAGCAAGUGACCAGGUCCAAAUCUCACAGGGUAUCUAGAAAGAAGAGGCCAAAGAGCAAAUCGAAGGCCAAGCCAACGCGAGACAGAGCGGGCUACAAAAGGUUGACACCGUCUGCCCGGCCAAGGAAGGAAAACAUUUCACAAUCUGCAAAGGGAAGGCAGCCAAAGCCCGUUCCUAAGAAGACAGCAGCGAAAGCAAUCAAGGUGGUGAAACGCUCUCGGCACAAACGUGUGAAAACUGGGAAAGCACCGAGGAAUUGACUCCUGUCUUAAAAAAAAAAAGAAAAAAAAAAAGAGAAAACGUCAGCAGGUUAAACAGACCCAAAACAUUAUUUGUUGUACGCUGGCCGGAACACACUCUGUACACACAAGCAACUGGAUGAUUCAGCUGAUAUUUCGCCACUGAGGCACGCGAGUAUGAUGAUCGAGUUCCGCAAAUCCAAACGAGAGGGUCAAAAGAGCUUACAAGCACCGAGCCACGUUCCUCACAGCGAGUAUCUCAUCUCGUGAGCUGAGAGACCAGCUCUUUGCAGAGGUUCACUUCAUCUCGAGAGCUGGAAGGCCUCUUCUUCGCGGAAACUGAUGAUAAUACCGUGCCCAAUUCCCGCCAUUCCCCACUUUUAACGGUAGCGCAACACUGGGAUGAUACAAUUUCCCGCUCCCUUGCGGUGAGGAACAACCUAAUUCUUAGUAUCUGUUUAGUUUCGCUCCCGGGCAUCGGAGGUCAAUGCGCAGAUGCAACUCCAGGUCCAAUUACUCUUAGCAAAGCAACACUAGGUGCACCGGUAUUCAGGCUCACACUUUGAGAAGAUCUCCCGUCACAUUGCUGUUACAAACACAGCAAUCUUGUGGUUUAAGUUCCACCAUAUGGUGGAGAUUCCCGCUUACGAAAACGGGCAAAAUGCCAGGAAAAUAAUUCCCGUUGUAAGGAACUUACAGCAGGUUAAACAGAACUGAAGCAUUAUUUGCUGGACACCCACUGGAAUGACACUCCGUACACACAAGCAAUUGAGUUGGUAUUUAGCCCAUUACAACACGACACAAUUGCCACCAGCCACGACGGUUGGAAGUGCAGCUCAGCCUUCAGCCAUCAGCGAUGGUGAGACCCACCAGGCAAAGCUACCUACCAUAAAAAGCCAGUGACUCCCAAACCUUCACCUCAGACCAUCAAACCUCCCGUUUAAAAAAAAAUACACCCAGUGCACGAAAAGGCACAGCAGCAAAAUCGCGGAGGAUAAUUCGAGUCUCGAGGCAAGCAAGUGAACAGGCCCCAAAUCUCACACGGCAUCUAAAAAGAAGAGGCCAAAAGAGCAAAUUGAAGGCCAAGCCAACGCUAAAUUAAACAAAAGUCCACACCAACCGCUCGGCCAAGGAAGAAAACCCCUUCCACAAUCUACAAAGGGAAAGAAUCCAACGCAGGCAAAGCCCUUUUCUAAGAAGACAGGAGCGCAAGCAAUUAAGGAAGCGAAAUGCUCUCGGGCACAAGCGUGUGAAAGCUGGGAAAGGUUAAACGGUCCUGAGGCAUUAUUUGUCAUACACUGACUGGAACACACUCUGUACACACCAGCAAACCGGAUGAUUCAGCUGAUAUUUUGCCAACAUGGCACAGGGGUACGAUGAGCGAGUCCGCAAAUCCAACCAGGAGGGAUCGAAAGAGACGGGCUGUGAGGCAGCAAACUACUUCCGCGGCAUCUUCAAAAGCACGGAAAUAAUCCAGCGCUCGAUCUUCAUUCGCCGUCGGCGUGCAGAAUAGUAAACACAUUCGAUCAGGCCCUUGUCUAGGUAGAUAGUUCCUGAGGUUCCAGUUAAGCCAAAUAAAUGGUAAAGAAAGCUUAAAAAAAAGAAAAUCCUCCUUGCUUUACUCUCAAGAAGUAACGCAAUCAGACAAAAUCCAGGCACAAGGGACAUUAGUUUCUGGCUGCAGUAAAGGUACGAACAAUCUCAGGGAAAACAAAUUCAUAAGACGAGCACUAAAUCUCAAUAAGAUGAACUGCAAGGCUCAGGGUCCCCAGGAGUUCGACAGCACAACAAUAAAGUCACUCUCGUUUAACAGGACAAGAGUGCUUUGUCACUGAGGCGUGUUCGCGUAAGGUUUUGGGCUGCUCUAACUGCAGUUCGAAAGGCGAGGCUGGCCCUACAGGCUCUCGGGUGAUCACUGGAAUUUAACGAUGGCACGAAAAUAAAGCGUCAAUACAGAAAGAC